AAUAUGGCGUCCCCCAUUUAGCUUUUGGCCGUGGUUUCUGCCCUAGUUGGCCGGGGGCAGUGCUGAGCUAGGGCAACUAGUUAUCUGUCUAGACGGAGCUGUUCUGCAGCAGUUCAAGUUCGUUUCUGGUCACAGCUCCAAGGAACCCACGCGCCUCUGAGAGUCAGGAGUAGCCGCUUCUAGUCCCUGCAAGUUCCUCCGCCCCUGGCUUGUUUCCCCGCGCUACCUCCGGACCCCCUGAAGUCCCUGACACUCCCAGACUCAAACUAUGAGCCUUCCGCAACUGCCGUUGCGCUUGCCCCGUUAUCUCCGGGCCUCGGGACGCCCGCGUCGCCUGGGGUGGUCCCCGUCCCUCGGCACCAUCUCCGUGGGCUCCUGGCGUGGUCAGUCUUCCAAGUCCCCGGCCUACUGGAACCAGGUGGUGUCAGAGGCGGAGAAGAUCGUGGGCUAUCCCACGUCCUUUAUGAGCCUCCGCUGCCUACUGAGCGACGAGCUCAGCAACAUUGCUAUGCAGGUGCGGAAGCUGGUGGGGACUCAGCACCCUCUGCUUACCACAGCCAGGGGGCUUGUACAAGACAGCCGUAAUAACCUCCAGUUGAGGGGCUUGGUGGUACUACUUAUUUCUAAAGCAGCUGGGCCCAGCAGAGUGAAGGCCUCAAGUCAGAACUAUGACCUGGUUAGUGGGAUCUAUUCAUGUCAAAGAAGUUUGGCAGAGAUCACAGAACUUAUCCAUACUGCUCUCCUUGUACAUCGUGGAAUAGUAAAUUUAAAUGAAUUGCAAUCUUCUGACGGGCCACUGAAAGACAUGCAUUUUGGAAAUAAAAUAGCUAUCUUGAGUGGAGACUUUCUUCUAGCAAAUGCCUGCAAUGGACUAGCUGUGCUACAGAACACCAAGGUUGUGGAACUUUUAGCAAGUGCCCUUAGGGACUUGGUACAAGGAGUAUACCAUGAAAAUUCUACUUCAGCAAAGGAAAAUUAUAUCACAAAUGACAUUGGAAUAUCAACUUGGAAGGAGCAGACUUUUCUCUCCCAUGGUGCCUUAUUAGCAAAGAGCUGCCAAGCUGCAAUGGAAUUAGCAAAGCACGAUGCUGAGGUUCAGGAUAUGGCGUUCCAGUAUGGGAAGCACAUGGCCAUGAGUCACAAGAUAAAUUCUGAUCUCCAGCCUUUUAUUAAAGAAAAAACCAGUGACUCCAUGACUUUUAAUCUGAACUCAGCCCCUGUCGUCUUACAUCAGGAGAUUCUUGGAAGAGAUUUGUGGAUUAGACAGAUUGGCGAGGCUCAAGAAAAAGGAAGAUUAGACUAUGCUAAGUUGCGAGAAACAAUCAAAGCUGGCAAAGGUGUGACUUCAGCUAUUGACCUGUGUCGUUACCAUGGAAACAAGGCACUGGGAGCCCUGGAGAGCUUCCCUCCCUCCGAGGCCAGAUCUGCUUUAGAAAACAUUGUGUUUGCUGUGACCAGAUUUUCGUGACACCAAAUAAAAAAGACACUAUUGUUCAUUAGCUGAAAAUACAGGAAUGAGGUGAUCCGGGGAGCUUUCAUAAUGAAAUAUCUAAAUUUGCUAAUGACUUGAAAAACAUACACUUUUUUUUUUUUUCCUUUUAUCACAUCGCUAAAUGAAUACUGCCUUCUUUUUGGAACUGCUACAAACAAAAUUAGACGAAAAAAGGUCAAGCCGUUUUCACUUGUCACGUCAGAAGCACACUUGAGGCUGCAGUAGCAGAAAUAAUUAAUGAGGUUCGCUCCUGUGACCUCAGCAAAUGGACAGGAAAUAAGUCCUUAUUGAUUGGACCGAGCCGCGGAUGGCGCCAGGGCGGUGGCCUGUGGUUUUCCUUGCAGAGAGGACAGAGCACGCUGGGAGCUGCAGGUGUCGAGAGAAACACGACCAGCGCCAGCCGGGGGGGACCUUCGGGUUAAAAACCAGUGACCAAUUUGUCAUAACAGAGGAAAAAACUAUGCUUUGUCACCUGGCAAUAAUGUCUCUGUAUUUAUAGAUACAGUAGAAAUAUACUUUGCGCUUCAUGGUUUUUGUAUGAUUUGGAGGGGAAUU